AUGCCGUCAUCGCUGUGCUCCCCUGCUGACGACAGCACACGGCGUCCUGUAGACGGCGAAUACGGUGGUCUCUUCCUACCGAUAACACGUCCGCAAUCCUUGCGUUGGCGUGACCUCGACCCUCUCUCCUCAUACCCCGACUGUGCUGAGACGCUUCCGCACAGUCUGCCCUCGGCCUCGGACCCCCCCAAAACCAUCUUUCCCCCCUUCGACUAUAUGCAACAAGUGCCCACUGAGCGUUCCGAACAUCGUCACCAGUCCGGCCAUCCCUCGUCCUCGAUCACCACCCAUCAACAUGGCUCCUCCUCGCUCCAUGAUGAUGACCCCGCUCGCCGCCUCGACGGCCCCGCACAGCCCGUCGUCGACUCCUCCCGCUCUCCCAGAGUCGACGCUGGUGCUGACGCCACCGCCGUCGAUGCUGGUGGCCUGGACGAGAAGCUUCGAGGGCUGAGCCCGGGCUCUCCGGCCCCUGCCAACGGCCACGAUAACCGUGAUGCCCCGACUCACGGUCAGAGAAUCCUCGACUACGAGAAUGCUCUGAACCCGCCUACGCCCAGGCAGGCUCUGGGAAUCAAGGUCGUCAAGCGUCCUGAUGGCUACGUCCCCGGCGCCGUCAGCAUCCAAGAUUUCCCCAACGAAAUCUUGACAUGUGUCUUGUCGCAUCUGCACCCCGACUCGCAUGCUGCCGUGGCACUCGUCUCGAAGCGCUUCUACGCUCUCAUGACCACCCCGCACGCCUGGCGCAUGGCCUUCCUCCGCUGCUUCCCUGCUCACCAGGUCCUCGAGUCUAAGCGUGGAGGGGGUGCCGACGGCAUCCGGAAGGAGCCGACCGCCGACGUCAUCCGCUCCGAGACGCGUUACUUCCCCCGCCUCACCCCCCUCGCAACCUGGCGCAGCGAGUACCUCUUCCGCACCCGCCUCCUCCGCAGCCUCGAACGGGGCAAGCCCGGCGGCGGCUCCGGCGGCAUAGGCUCCUCCGGCGCCCGCCAGUCUGGCAAGAGGGUCAGCGCCGUCCUGACGUACAACUCUAAGCUGCCAUGGCUCAUCACGAACAUCCACGCCGUCUUCGCCAACGGAAAGAAGCCUCCGCGUGCCGUCCAGGGUGCCUCGGACCUGGGUGUCGCCACCGUCAGCGACCCGACCUCUGGAAAGGUGGAGAGGUGGGGUCUGCUCGACCCCGUCUCCUUCCCCCAGCUGGACGAGGUCAUGCCGCACGUCGUGCCCUACGGGCUCGACGAGGGACCCGCUGCGGCUCCCAACGUCAUGGAUGUCAGCCAGCCCUACGGAAUGCUCGGCGGACAGGGCUUCCCCGGUGGCCGCGCCUUCUUCCGCAGCACGGCCGAAAACCGCGGGCGCUUCCUCCGCUCUCAGACGAACGCCGCGCAGCGUCAUGCCGACAUCCCCCGCGUCCCCGAGCUGAUGGAGGGCAUCUCCAGCGUGUGGCUGGCCAAGUCGUCGGCCGUGCCCGCCGCCACGCACUCCAUGAUCGGCAUGCUGACCGGCUCCACGCUCGGCGUCGUCACGGCCUACUCGCUCGGCUGGGACCCCAGCAGCGCCCGGUCCGACGGUGACAUGACGGCGCAGUGGGUCCUCAGCCCUGGCGUCCCCAUCACCGCGCUCAAGGUGGACGACAACUACAGCAUCCGUCGCAGGUCGGCCGCCAGGAUUCUGGCCGUCGCCCUCAAUGCCCUCGGCGAGGUUUUCUACCUGACCCAGCCGCCCGUCAGCGUGCCCGCCAACCCCAGGAGCGAGGACCUCAUCAAGGCUGCCUGGCUGGCGGGUCGGACGACGUGCUGGCAUCUUCUGGAGGACACUCGCCGCGUCGCUCGUCCUGACGGGCGCGACGCCGACGCCGUCCGCGGCACGUACUCCCCCAGGUCGUCAGGGGACUCUACGAAGCUCAGCCAGGAGCAGAAGGUCGCCGAGGCCAGGGAGAUUGAGGGGUUCUUCCAGAACAUGCCCUCGCACUUCAACAAGGUCUGCCAGGGCUGGGACAUGCGCCGCCGGCUCGAGGUGGACUUUGCGAACGAUGACGGCAGCGGUGCCGGCGAGGCGGUCUUCGUCAUCGACUGCGGCAUGGCCGAGGGCCGCCCGGCCCGCGUCCAGCGAUUCACGAGGUCCAGGGUGGCCGCUUCGCAAGAGCAUGAGGUGGCUGAGAAACCCGGGAACCUCCCGCCGCCUUCACUCUUCGGUCGCUCCGACAGCGAGGCAGUCUUGCCCGCCAAGACGCCCGAGACGCAGCCUCCCACGCCGCCGCCUCCUACCGGCGGCACCGUUCCCCAGGACGCCUGGGCCUGCCACACCAUGCGACUCAAGGGCGGCGACGGAACCACCAUCUCCGCCAGCGCCCUCGACUGCUCCUCGCAGUCGUGCACGACGCUGUCGGAGGACCUCUUGCACGUGGCUGGCGAGACGGGAGACGCUGCGGAUCAGGGACCCGCGGAGAUUCCAGGCCGCAGAGCCAGGUUCCUGGUCGUCGGGACAAAGAGCGGCGCCGUGCUUGCGUGGAAUGCCCGCGAGAAGGUGAAGGCUCCGGACGAGAUCCAGCCGGUGCGCAUCAUCCAGACAGACUCGCCCGAGAUAUCCUGCGUGGCCGCCACGGCGCUGUACCUCGUCCAUGGCGGGAGCGACGGCCUCGUGCAGGCCUGGGAGCCGCUAGCGUCGACGCGUGAGGUCGUCAGGACGCUCAACGGGCGGUCCAACGGCCGGGCGCCGCGGCACAUGAUGACGAUGAACCCUGCCCUGCACGAGGACAGCUACUCGGCGGUGGGGGCCAUCUACCUGGACCCGGACGCGACCGUGCUCCGGGGCAUCGUGUCGUUCGGCGCCCUGAUGCGGUACUGGACGUACAGCUCGACGGCGCACCCGGGGGGGCGCAGGCGACGCGCGCGUCACCACACGGAUGUGCACGGGCGGAUCGGCAGCCGUCGCCAGGGCGGCACGAGCUCGCGGUACAUCGCGGCCGAGGAGGAGGAGCUCCGGCGGGAGGAGGAGCGGGCGGCGCGCGAACAGACGCGCCUGCGCAAGCGGUUCGGGUCCCUGGGCGACCUGACGGAGGAGGAGGCGGUGCGGUACGCGCAGAUGGUGUCGGAGGAGUCGUUCAGCGUCGAGGAGGAGCUGCGGCGCGCGAGCACCAGCGACUCCGCGACGAGCGCGAGCACGGGGUCCGUGUCGGCGUCGUCGGUCAGCGAGGUGACGACGGUGGAGAUGCUCACACCCGAGCCCGAACCGUCCGUCCCGGCCACCGGGGAGGAGUCGGACUACGAGCAGCAGAUCCAGCAGGCCAUCCGUCUCUCCCUGCUCGAAGGUGUUCAGGGGCAGGGUCAGGGACCGGAUGGAGCCGACCCUGGCUUCGCCGUCAAGUACAAGGUCAAGGGCAAGAAGGUGUCCCAGCCUGCCUCUCCCUCUACCGGCGGUGCCGCCGCUGGUGGUUCUUCCUGGUCCGGUGCGGGUGCGGGUGCGGGUGCGGGUGCGAGGUCUGGGGAUGUGCAGGAUGACGAUGAAGAUCUCGCACUCGCCCUCAGUCUCAGCAUGCAGGAUCAGGAGCACGAGUACCGGGAUGCAAGGGAUGUACAGGGUCAAGAAAGGGGGAAGUUUGAAGAGUUUCCACCCCUCGAGACAGAAGGUGUAGGUAAAGGCAAGGGGGUUGUGAGGUGGUGA